CUGAUCGAAGAGAGAUCAAGGUCAUCAACAACACACAACUUUCUUCCACUUUCCUAUUCAACGCGUUUCCAAAUGGCGACCCUAUACAGAGGGCCUUCUAGGAAAGAGAAACCUCGGGCAGGGAGGCAUCAUGGGUUGAAUCAGCAAAAGAGGCAAGAAAUUAAGGAAGCUUUCGAGUUGUUCGACACUGAUGGCUCAGGCACUAUUGAUGCCAAAGAGUUGAAUGUUGCCAUGAGGGCUCUUGGAUUCGAGAUGACAGAAGAGCAAAUUAACCAAAUGAUUGCAGAUGUUGAUAAGGAUGGAAGUGGAGCCAUUGACUUUGAUGAGUUUGCUCACAUGAUGACAGCCAAAAUUGGGGAACGGGACACAAAGGAGGAACUCAUGAAAGCAUUCCAUAUCCUUGACCAAGAUAACAAUGGCAAGAUAUCUACUGCAGACAUUAAGAAGAUUGCGAAGGAGCUGGGUGAGACUUUCACCGAUAGAGAGAUUCAAGAGAUGGUUGAGGAAGCAGACCGAGACCGUGAUGGAGAAGUUAGUGCUGAUGAGUUCAUCAGGAUGAUGAAGAGAACAACAUAUGGCUAUUAGAAGUCCGAGUAUCUUUCACCCUUCUUCUUGGUGUUCCUAGCUUGAUCCCCCCAUAUGUAUUUGUGUUGUAUUUAUAACUACAGUGAUAAUCGUAGAAGUAUGCUCUUUCAGACAUGUUUCUUAUACAAUUAUUAUCUCAGACAUGGAUGUAUUAAGUUAUGUAACAUCAAGUUCCGUUAGCCCAUCUCCAGAUUGGAACAUUCAACACUAUUCUGACACUCAAAUCCUC